AUGGACGGUGACCCUGGCGUUGAGUCGGAGGUCGACUCAUUCAGUCUCGUGCUGCCUCUCCCUUUCCGGGUUGCCAUCAUUCUGGUGCUGGGAGUAUGGGCCUGGGGUCUGAAUCUGCACUAUCUCUACCUACUCAGGAUUGAUGUUCCGGCGCUCAUUCGUUACCCGCAACGUCCUACUCAGCACCACACGUCGCACCACCACUCGACGUAUCGUUUGGCGACCUUCGUCACCGUCCCAUUAGCUGCGUCUCUUCUGCUCUUCUGGAUCAUUACCCACGGCAGUCGAGCCAAAGUCUUGGGCUGUCAGUGGAUACCGCAGCUUUACCUAAUCUUCCUCGUAGGGAGCAUUGCCAUUCCUUUGCAUCGCCUCUCUCGAUCAGGUCGAUCACGAUUCGUGGAGACUCUGAAGCGCAUAAGCAUCGGCAGAAUCGCUGAGGCACAAGAUGGGAAAUUCGGCGAUAUUCUGCUCGCAGAUGCGCUCACGAGUUACGCAAAAGUCCUCGGGGAUUGGUUCGUCUCGACAUGUAUGAUGCUGUCCUGGAAGACCGUCAGCACGGCGAAGCCCAAUCGAGGCUGCGGAGGCGCCUAUAUCGUGCCCAUCAUAAUCAGUAUACCGAGCAUAAUUCGACUGCGUCAGUGUCUGAUCGAGUAUUCACGAGUUCGUCGCAACCCUUCAGCGGGAUCCGGAUGGGGCGGGCAGCAUCUUGCCAAUGCUCUCAAGUACUCAACGGCGUUCCCUGUGAUCUUCCUGAGCGCUUUGCAACGUGGAUACGACCCUAAGACCUUUUACAUGACCGAGGCAAGCCUUUUCAGAUUAUGGCUGGCUGCUGUCUUCAUCAACUCGUUCUAUUCGUUCUACUGGGACGUCGCUAAGGAUUGGGACCUGAGCUUGUUCUCGUCCUCACGCGAACGUAAUGAUCCGGAAUACCCUUAUGGACUUCGACGACACCGCUACUUCCUUUCAAACAAGAUGUAUUAUUGGGCCAUCGGCAUAGAUUUCUGUUUGCGUUGUACUUGGAGUUUCAAGCUAUCGCCUCAUCUGGACCACUUCAAUGAUCUGGAGGGCGGCAUAUUCCUCAUGGAGUUCCUUGAGGUGUGGCGACGCUGGAUGUGGAUUUUCUUCCGGGUCGAAACAGAGUGGGUCAGAACGACCCGUGGUCCGGCGCCAGACGAUGUUCUGCUCGGCGAUUUUGGAAAGAUAGAUGAUGAUUGA